AUGAGGACGUUUUGCAUCAAGACAUUUGGCGUCCUGCUCACUUUUCUGAUAACACAGGAGGAGGCUCUGCCACAGAACGGGUUACCGACGGUGCAGACAACCUACGGGCACAUCGUCGGGAGGAGGGUGAAUCUGUCCAACCCUCGGUUAAAACCGGUCAUACAGUACUUGGGGAUACCGUACGCCAGGCCACCGGUGGGGGAACUCAGGUUCAGGCCGCCGCUCAGGCCCAAGGCGUGGCCUGGAGUGUACAACUGCACGACGUUCGGACCUGUGUGUCCGCAGGCGAACCUACAGAAGAAAGCCGGGUACCUCUCACCGCUGCCGGAGAGAGCCAGGGCCAUGUUAAAGCCAUUCCAGGACCGAAUGGACGAGGACUGCCUGUAUCUCAAUGUGUAUCACCCUAAAGAUAGAGAUGGAAGCGAGCGGUACCCCCUGGCCGUGAUGGUGUUCAUCCACGGCGGAGGAUAUACGUACGGCGCGGGGAGUGCUUACGACGGCAGCGUGCUCGCCAGUCUCGGCAAUGUCGUGGUGGUCACCCUUAACUACCGCCUCGGUGCUUUCGGUUUUCUUAACACGGGUGACGCGAGUUCUCCGGGAAACUACGGUUUGUUGGACCAGAUAGCGGCCCUGAGGUGGGUCAAGGAAAACAUCGACAGGUUCCACGGGGACCCUAGCCUCGUCACGCUGUUCGGGGUGGACACCGGAGCCGCCGCGGUAAACUUGCUGAUGCUGGUUCCCAACGCGGACGGCCUUUUUCGCCGAGCUAUUUUGCAAAGUGGCUCCGCAUUGGCCAGCUGGGCUCUUUCGACGGGAGGACGACGAAUCACCAACCUUCUUGCAGAGCAGAUCGACUGUUGUAAGCCGAACAUUUCCAAGACGGUAGAGUGCCUGCGGAAGAAGCCUUACCAGGACAUCAUGUCGGCGGAUAUCCGGAUGUUAGGGUCUCAGUUCUUCCCCAUAUUCGGGCCGGUCGUGGACGGUGACGUCAUACCGGAUAACCCCAGGAACCUUAUGAGUGGCGGUGGUCAGUUCUGGUCGUAUGACGCCCUCCUGGGAGUGACGGAGUCGGAAGGUUACAUGUACAUCAGCGACCUACGCAGCAUAGAGGACGGCGUGUCGUCGGACGGCUUCAGACUUCUCAUCGGAGACUUCGUCAACCAGCUGUUCCCGAACCGGGAGGCGGAAAUCACCGACGCCGUGGCCUUCAUCUACACCAACUGGGGCGAGGACACCAACAAGACCCGGCGCAGUGGCCUCUUGCGGAUGUUUACGGAACAACAGAUGGGCGUGCCGGCCAUACAGACGGCCAACCUGCACUCCACGGGCAACACCAGAUCAGACACCUUCUUCUACACCUUCAACUACCGGCCCACCAGCAGUCCCACGCCGGAGUGGGUAGAGGCCGCGCACGGGGAGGAGAUUCCCUUCGUCUUCGGCGCCCCUCUCAUCUCAGACACCAUGUUUAAGAACAUGACCUUCACGAAACUGGAGUCCAUGUUGAGCACAGCCAUUAUGACCUACUGGACCAACUUUGCUAAAACAGGAAGUCCGAAUGAGCCCCGUAAGCAGGAGACGACGUUCCUCCACCUGAGACCGAACCGUUACGAGGACGUGCUGUGGAAACCGUACAACAGCGAGAUCGUCGGCCAGGAGGGCGACAGCUACAUGUACUUCGGUAUGCGACCCAGAGUACCCAGCGGGUAUCGUUCCCAGAGGGUAGCCUUCUGGAAGGAGCUCGUUCCCAAGCUGCUGAAGCCUCCUCAGGUGGUCGGGCACGGGAGUGCGUAUCCUACCCGCUCGCUGAACGAGUUGUGUGCGAGUUUGGACAUCGGGAGGGCCAUCUUAGUGGGUAACGGGGUCAUCCCGACUCGCGCUAUGGGUGAUCAAAGAAACAGUCCCGUUACCUGCUACCCCACAACCCAAGCCCCGACUUCGGACCCGUCUUUACAGAGACCCAAAGUCGGUUUUGACAUGUGGACUCCCAAGUGGUCCAGCGUGGACCGGCGGGACAGAAACCGCGGGUACUCCUCAGAACUGAGCGUGGUCAUCGCCGUGGGGACUUCUUUACUCUUCGUCAACGUCGUCGUCUUCGCCGUCUGCUAUCACCGCAAGGAGAGGAAGUCUAAAGGCAAACCCGGCUCCCAUACUCAAGACAAGGUCAGGUUAAAAGUCUCGGACGUGCAGGAGAUGAUCAAGAUGAUGGAAUUUCAGGACGCUACCUCGUUAGAAGCGGACGGUAACAAUAAGACAGAGCUAGUGGACAGUACUACCAUAAAGUCGUCUCGCCUUGUCUAG